CAGUCGACACCAUGGCAACGGCAGGGAAGGGCGGAGCUGAGCAAGUAACAGCAUAAAGAAAACUUUGUUAGCUAGCUGCUAACUUAAUUCUUUAUUCAGCGAUGUAAACAAUAGCAUCAGGACCGCGGAAAUCCUCAGAAAGAAGCUGUCUUCAAAUCUAGAAUCCUAGCGAGAUCACGGGGGAAGCUUCCAAGUGCUGCUAAUGCAAAAUUCCAGCAGUUUUAUUGGAAUCUUGUAGCGGGUGUUUUUCCUUGGGCAGGAUGGAGUGCACUGGAGAUGAUGGAGACCAGUGUCAGUGGCCCAGUUCAGAAAGCACCUCAACUCCUUUUAAUGAGGACGCGACAGAACAAACGUGGGAUAAGAUGUUGAAGGCCAGCAGGAGUGUCCUGAAAGAACGACUUCAACAGUUUGUGGAAGAGAGGAUGCAAACCACCAUGCUCACAGGUGUCCUGAUUGGAGCUGGUUUUGCUGUCCUGCUGAUUGGGACUGUGGUAUUCUUCCUCUACAGGAAAUUCAAACGUGCUUAUGAGCAGCAGCCUAGUGGGCCUCGGUAUCGCUUCAGAAAACGAGAUAAAGUGCUCUUCUAUGGGAGGAAGAUCAUGAGAAAGGUCCAGACUCUGUCUUCAACCCCUCCGUCUUCUAACUCGGUGUCAAAGCAAUCACAACGCAUACGCAAAAGAGCCAAAGUUCUGAGCAUAGCUCGCAAAAUUCUGAGGAUCCGUAAAGACCCUCCCACCCUGCAGUAUAAGGAACCCCCUCCAUCUCUGCUGGAAGCAGACCUAACAGAGUUUGACGUGCAGAGCUCACACCUUCCUUCUGAGGUUCUCUACAUGUUGAAAAACGUCAGGGUCUUGGGUCAUUUUGAAAAGCCUCUGUUUCUGGAACUGUGUCGCCACAUGGUGUUUAUUGAGCUGCAGGAGGGGGAAGUGCUGUUCAGGCCGGGGGAUGAUGAUGAUAGCAUUUACGUGGUCCAGGAUGGUAGACUCGAACUCUGCAUUCAAGAGAAUGAUGGCACAGAACCAGUUGUAAAGGAUGUCCUUCCAGGAGACAGCGUCCACAGCCUGCUCAGUAUUCUGGACAUCAUCACUGGGUAUCCGGCUCCAUAUAAGACCGUAUCAACACGGGCUGCAACUCGCUCCACCAUCUUACGUUUACCUGCUUCUGCCUUUGAGUCCGUUUUUAAGAAAUACCCAGAGACUCUUGUGCGAGUCAUUCAGAUAAUCAUGGUGCGACUCCAGAGAGUGACCUUUUUGGCGUUACAUAACUAUCUGGGCCUAACCACCGAGCUCUUCAAUCCGGAGAGUCAGGCAGUGCCUUUGUCCAAUAUAAAUGGUGUGAUGGCUGAGGCGAAUUCUGGAAAGACAGCACGUCGUCUCCAUCUUCAGGAUGACGUACCUGCCGGGUUCUCAGAGAACAUUUCAGAACCAGACUGUGCAAAGGAGAGCCCCUCAAACAGCUGCAGGAGGGUACGAUCUAUCUCCAUGCCACCCGAGUGUACAGGAAAUGAUCUUAACAUGGCCUGUGAACGAGCUCGAGUGAUCAUAGAUGAGGCUCCUGCAAGUCCUGCCACUCAAAAAUCUAGUCUGAAAAAAAAUGUGACAAUGCAGCCCACGCCUUCUGAAGUGUUACACUAUACGGACAGUGGGGGGCAGUCUGACGCCAUCAGCUUCGGUAAAAGCAGCACGAUCCUCCAGGCUGCCAAGAGAGACCUGCAAGUGAUCAUCCAGCUGCAAGACCCCGGUCUACUCGAUGGCAGAGUGACCCUUCAUCAUGUCAAAGCUGGUUCUGUUGUAGCUCGUCAGGGAGAUCAGGAGGUGAGCAUCCACUUUGUGAUUUCAGGGCUCCUCCAUGUUUAUCAGCGGAUGAUUGAUCGUGAAGAAGACACGCGCCUGUUUGUGACGCAUCCUGGAGAGCUCGUCGGCCAGCUCGCCGUCUUGACCGGAGAGCCCCUCAUAUUUACUGUGCGAGCCCAGCGAGACUGCAGCUUCCUCUCCAUCUCUAAAACGCACUUCUAUGAGAUAAUGCGAGUCGAGCCAAAAGUAGUUCUGAACGUUGCUCACACCGUGUCCAGGAGGAUGUCGUCUUUCAUCAGACAGAUCGACUUUGCGCUGGACUGGAUGGCCGUGGAGGCCGGCAGGGCCGUUUACAGGCAAGGAGACAAAUCAGACAGUACAUUUAUUGUGCUGAGUGGCCGACUGCGCUCUGUUAUCAUGAAGGACAAUGGCAAGAAAGAGAUGAUUGGAGAGUACGGACGUGGCGACCUGAUUGGAGUGGUUGAAACCCUGACCCAUCAGAACCGAGCCACCACUGUCCACGCUGUGAGAGAUUCUGAGUUAGCCAAACUACCCGAGGGAGCGCUCUCCUCCAUCAAGAGGAAGUUCCCUCAGGUGGUCACCAGGCUCAUCCAUUUACUUGGUCAGAAGAUCCUCCAGCAAGUCAACGUUCCUCUUUCAGCUCGUAGUUUGGCACUCCACACUCCAGGAAGCAAGUGGGACGCAGGAAAUCAAGCCUCCAACCUGUCGACUGUGACAGUUCUGCCCGUUUCAGAGGAGGUGCCUUUGACCGCCUUCACUCUGGAGCUGCAGCACGCUCUCCUCGCUAUAGGGCCCACGCUUUUGCUGACGAGUGACAUUAUCAAACAGAGACUUGGAGCUGCAGCAUUAGACAGUGUUCAUGAGUACCGACUGUCCAGCUGGCUGGGCCAACAAGAAGACCUCCAUCGCAUAGUUCUUUACCAGACUGACUACUCACUGACCCCGUGGACACAGCGGUGCAUCCGUCAGGCUGACUGCAUCAUUAUUGUGGGAGUAGGGGAGCAGGACCCCGCUGUCGGGGAGCUGGAGCGUAUGUUGGAAGGAAGCGCGGUGCGUGCCCAGAAGCAGCUGGUGCUGUUGCACAGAGAAGAUGGCCUGCCGCCCCAAGGAACGGUGCACUGGCUCAACAUGCGAAGCUGGAUCUCCAGACACCUCCACCUCUCCUGUCCCCGAAGGGUCUUCUCUAAAAGGAGCCUUCCUAAGCUGCUGGAACUGUACCAACGUGUCUUUGAAAAGCCAGCAGAUCGCCACUCUGACUUUUCCCGUCUGGCUCGCAUCCUAACUGGCAACGCCAUUGCUCUUAUCCUUGGAGGAGGAGGGGCCAGAGGUUGCUCCCAAGUGGGAAUAUUGCGGGCGCUGUGUGAGUCGGGAAUCCCAGUGGAUCUCAUAGGUGGGACCUCAAUUGGUUCCCUGAUGGGGGCGCUGUAUGCAGAGGACCGUAGCCACACCCGCAUGAGGAUUAGAGCCAGAGAGUGGGCAAUGGAAAUGACCUCAAAGUUCAGGAAGGCUCUGGAUUUCACAUACCCAUGGGCCUCUAUGUUCACCGGCGCUGCCUUCAACUCCAGCAUCAGUAAUGUGUUUAAAAGCAAACAGAUUGAGGACCUUUGGAUCACCUACUUCAAUAUUACCACUGACAUCACCGCAUCAGCAAUGAGAGUACAUACAGAUGGUUCUCUGUGGCGGUAUGUGCGUGCCAGCAUGUCUCUGUCAGGUUAUCUUCCUCCUCUCUGUGACCCCAAAGAUGGCCACCUACUGAUGGAUGGUGGCUACAUCAACAACCUGCCUGCUGAUGUGGCGCGCUCCAUGGGGGCCAAAGUGGUGAUUGCUAUUGACGUGGGCAGCAGGGAUGAAACCAACCUCACUAAUUAUGGCGACUCGCUCUCAGGCUGGUGGGUGCUAUGGAAACGCUUCAACCCCCUGGCUGAGAAAGUGAAGGUGCUGAACAUGGCCGAGAUCCAGUCUCGGCUGGCCUACGUGUGCUGCGUGAGGCAUCUGGAGUCGGUGAAGAACAGCGACUACUGCGAGUACAUCAGGCCCCCGAUCGACAGAUACCGCACUCUGGAGUUUGACAAGUUUGAUGAGAUAGCUGAAGUGGGAUACCAGCACGGCAAGACAGUGUUUGAUGUGUGGAGUCGCAGUGGUGUAGUGGAGCAGAUGCUGAAAGACAGACACCAAGAGGACUUCCACAACAUCCAACGAAAGGGCAAUGUAUUGACAUGCCCCAAUGCCUCCUUCACUGACCUUGCAGAAAUUGUGUCCCGCAUCGAGCCCGUCAAACCUGCCUUGAUGGAUGAGGAGUCAGACUAUCACACUGACUAUGAGGAGGAGGCAUUGGAGAGUGCCCUUUCUGACACGGAGGUGUACGGUCACUACGGAGAGCACACUGAAGGGGAGGAAACGGCUGACACGGAUGACGAGCUGGAGGCACACACCGGUUUCGUUACUUCACCAAACAGCAGCCACCCUCAACCUGCCUUUGACCAUCCACCGGAGGAGCUGACAAACCAGCAGUCCCCUUCCAAACAGUCCAUUAAGUAAGGAGCGGUCUAACGAACUCCGCCUGAACACAGUUACUCCUGCUCUUCUGUGCCACGUUUGCACCGUCAAGCCUGUCCUGGACGACUCUUGUAGUGUGAUCACCAUUCUGACCUCUGUGACCUGAUCCUGUUAGCUGCCAGGCUGACAAAACUUCCUAAAGCACAAAACUAACAAUACAUCCAGGAAUCGUGUUUGUAUUCUGUCAGGGAAGCUUUAACUUCUCAUAUUGAGAAAGGUGAGACGAUGUCUUAAAGCUUUAUGUGAAUAACACUCCAUUUAAGACGACUUUCAUAAUUAAACCUGCAAUUUCUCAGAACCUAUAACCACAUUUAUAGAAAGGACCAGAUGAUCUCCUGCUUGUUCUGUGGCUUAAGCCAAAGAUUUAGAUCAGUGUGAGCGCACACACACACACACACACACACACACACACACACACACACACACACCUCUGAGGAAUCUGUUACAGUCUAAAAGGAUGAUCAUUUUAAGUGAGUGUAUGACAAUACACAAGUUUAGUAAAUCAGUCUAAACUGUAAACACAAGUCUCAAUGAUCUCACAAAAUAAUGCUACUGUUAUUUCCUACACUAUUAUACUAAAAAUCUUCCAAUGAAAUUAUUUAAAAUUUGGAAAAAUGACACCCGAUUAUUUGCAUGAGCAGAUUUCAUUGGGGAAAAAGUAAUGGCUGAUCAUUUUGUUAACUGGCAUUUGGUGUGUGUGUGUGUGUGUGUGUGUGUGUGUGUGUGUGUGUCUCCGCGUUUGUUUGUGUUUGUUUAAUAAGUACUGUUUCAUGUUGGUAGCAAACAAAUUUUAAUAAUGAAUGUCAUUAAUUUUCCUGUACCUAACACAGAGGGAGCCACACCAAGAUCUCUAAAAAACGUUCUGAAAGCAAAUAUUACAACUUGCGUUUAAUCUGUUAAGCACUCCGGCAACACACACAGAUGCACGCACACAAAAAUAAAUAUAUAUAUAAAUAAACAUACAGAGACAAACACAGGCAGGCAGUGACAGUUUUGCAUAAAAUUUAGCACCAGCAGAACAAAUGAAAAAUAAUUUUAGCAACUCGUACAUCUUUACAGCAGAGUCAGCUGAGUUUAUUAGAAAUACAUUUUGAUCAGUCAUAUUCUCAAAGUUGUUGCCUUAAUGCAGUCCAAAGAGACCAAGCCAGAUACGUAAAAAGGAGCACAAUUUAUUUUCGUGACAUUCCUGAAGUAAACGAAUAAGCGCAGUCGUCACCAAACACGCUUACCAAACAACACAAACGUAUUAAUAAGAGCACAGGAACAAGUCAGGGAUUCAUUUCUUGAAGCUUUAAGCACAAUUUAGUUGUACUUUGUGUGCCCGUAUGUGUCAAUUUCCUUAUUGUCAGUACAAAGUUAGGCUGUGCAGCAGAAUGGGGCAAUGUGACUUCAGUGGUCUCAUAAAGCACAGAAUAAUGUUAUUUACUUUUCAUUUUAUUGUCUAAAGUGGAUUUAUUUAUGUAAACUGAGCAUUUCAACUGAGUGCAGUCUUGCGUUUAUAGGUCAAAAUGCACACAAAUAUGAUUUAGAUGAUUAAAUGGACAAAUCAUGUUUCAAACGUUCGUGAAAAAUCACAGAGUACUGCUAAACUAAAAUCACUCGGUCUGUCGGUCUUAAAUCCAAACUUUAACAUUUCUACUUCAAUGACUUUAUUUUCCGGCCUCUUGAUUUGGUGCCACGUAACUCAUUGUGUUUGUGGCGUCGUUCAUCCUGGUGCUACAGCGCCUGCAGCCUUAACGUGUGCAGACAGAAAGCGAGAAGCUGUGAUAAACACACCAGUGUGGUGUUGGUGAGACGAUGUCUGGACACAGAACGUGUGAGCAAACUGGGGAUGGGAAAAUAUUGUUGCCUGUUUUACAAAUGAGAAGAUGGUGUUUGCUUAUGUGUGUGUGUUUUCCUUUUUUCUUUUCUCUAAAGCCGGGGACAAGAAAUCGAUAUCAUCUGGCAGGAUGAAUGUUUCACUACAUUAUUAAAUGGGUCAUGGUAAUGAUUCAAGUGCUGAUGUAAUGUAUGGAACUGUGCCACAAAUUGAAUACAUCAAAGUCUUAGAUGACCUGUGUGGAAAAGCAACUAUUCAUGCACCUGUUCUUGACUAUGCUGUAUAAAAUGUUCACUAUUAUGCCUCUAAUGUCAUUUUAUCUUCACAGUUUUUGAUCAAUUGUUACUAGUAAACCACUGUUGGUUCUCGUAA